UUUGCAGGUGAGAUCGAUCGGUGUCUCAAAAAGGUAUCGGAAGGUGUGGAGCAGUUUGAAGAUAUCUGGCAGAAGCUCCAUAAUGCAGCAAAUGCCAAUCAGAAGGAGAAAUAUGAAGCCGAUCUGAAAAAGGAGAUUAAGAAGCUCCAGAGAUUGAGGGACCAGAUCAAGACAUGGGUUGCAUCCAAUGAGAUUAAAGACAAAAGGCAGCUAAUAGACAACCGGAAACUCAUUGAGACGCAAAUGGAGCGGUUCAAGGUAGUGGAACGUGAGACCAAGACAAAAGCCUACUCCAAAGAGGGGCUAGGCCUGGCCCAGAAAGUGGACCCAGCUCAGAAGGAGAAAGAGGAAGUUGGGCAGUGGCUGACGAAUACAAUAGACACCUUGAACAUGCAGGUGGAUCANUAUUCUGAAGAACUUAGGUUUGACUAA